AUGCUUCGUUUCGCUACCUUAAGAUCUUCUUUAAGAUCCCCAGUCUUAAACAAUGUUACUGCUUAUCGUCAAUUCUCACAAUCUGCUUUAAAUUUGGAUAAAAUUAAAGUUAAGACUCCAAUUGUUGAAUUAGAUGGUGAUGAAAUGACCAGAAUCAUCUGGUCAAAAAUUAAAGAUAGAUUAAUUUUACCUUAUGUUGAUGUUGAUCUUAAAUAUUAUGAUUUAGGUAUCCAAGCAAGAGAUGAAACAAAUGAUCAAAUUACAAUUGAUUCUGCUAAUGCUAUCAAAAAAUAUGGUGUUGGUAUUAAAUGUGCUACUAUUACACCAGAUGAAGGUCGUGUUGAAGAAUUUAAUUUGAAAAAAAUGUGGAGAUCACCAAAUGGUACAAUUAGAAAUAUCUUGGGUGGUACUGUUUUCAGAGAACCAAUUGUUAUCCCAAGAAUCCCAAGAUUAGUACCAGGUUGGGAAAAACCAAUCAUUAUUGGUAGACAUGCUCAUGGUGAUCAAUAUAAAGCCACUGAUCUUGUUGUUCCAGGUGCUGGUAAAUUGGAAUUAGUUUAUAAACCAACUGAUGGUUCAGAAGCUCAAACUUUAGAAGUUUAUGAUUAUAAAGGUCCAGGUGUUGGUUUAGCUAUGUACAAUACUGAUGAAUCAAUUGAAGGUUUUGCUCAUUCAUCUUUUAAAUUAGCAAUCAGUAAACAAUUGAAUUUAUUCUUAUCAACUAAAAACACAAUUUUGAAAAAAUAUGAUGGUAGAUUUAAAGAUAUUUUCCAAAAAAUUUAUGAUGAACAAUAUAAAUCUAAAUUUGAAGAAUUAGGUAUUUAUUAUGAACAUCGUUUAAUUGAUGAUAUGGUUGCUCAAAUGGUUAAAUCAAAAGGUGGUUUCAUCAUGGCUUUGAAAAAUUAUGAUGGUGAUGUUCAAUCAGAUAUUGUUGCUCAAGGGUUUGGUUCUUUAGGUUUAAUGACUUCAGUUUUAGUUACACCAGAUGGUAAAGCUUUUGAAUCAGAAGCUGCUCAUGGUACUGUUACUAGACAUUAUAGACAACAUCAACAAGGUAAAGAAACCUCAACCAAUUCAAUUGCUUCAAUUUUCGCUUGGACUAGAGGUUUAGCUCAAAGAGGUAGAUUAGAUGGUACUGAAGAUGUUGUUAAAUUUGCUGAAUUAUUAGAAAAAGCUACUUUAGAUACCGUUCAAGAAGAUGGUAUCAUGACUAAAGACUUAGCUAUUGCUACUGGUAGAUCUGAUAGAGAAAGUUACGUUACAACUAAUGAAUUUUUAGAAGCUGUUGAAAAACGUUUAAAAACACAAGUUGAAGCUCAAUUAUAA